GUUUUAGUGUGGUCUAGGUUAGGGUUUUUGUGCGCGGCAAGAACUCCCAGUGUAGAAGGCGGCUUUGCGAGCGAGGAGACGCCGCCGAGAUGAAGCUCGUGAGAUUUCUGAUGAAGCUAAACAACGAGACGGUAUCGAUCGAGCUCAAGAAUGGGACUAUUGUGAAUGGAACAAUCACAGGCGUGGAUAUCAGCAUGAACACCCAUCUCAAGGCCGUGAAGCUGGUGUUGAAAGGGAAGAACCCCGUCACAAUGGAUCAUCUCAGCAUCCGAGGGAACAACAUCCGCUACUACAUUCUACCCGACAGCUUGAAUCUCGAGACGCUGCUCGUGGACGAUACGCCCAGAGUGAAGCAGAAGAAACCAGCGGCGGGCAAACCGGCUGGCCGAGGACGGGGCCGAGGUCGGGGCCGGGGCCGAGGCCGAGGCCGAUAGGAGUCGACCGGAGUGUAUGAUAUUUUGUGAAAGCAAGAAGCCGCCAGCCUCCCAGUUAACCGGAAGAAGAAAAAAAAAUGGUAGUCCCUCGAGGUUGUAUCUUUCCUUUCCAUGUCAACUCCUUUCGUUCACCAUCAAUAGUUGCAAGAGUGCUCCAGCCUUGGACUUUG